AUGAGUUCUCUUAUUGACUAUGUUUGUCGAUACAGUGGUAGAAAUGAGUGGGUAUAUCAAUGGAAUCAAUAUAUACCUUUGAUUCCGGAUUGUGGGAGCGAAAUUCUAUUCCCCUUUCUCCUUGUUAUUUUCACACUUUUGGGACUAUUGCCUUAUACUGUUAUUCUAAUAGCUUCAAAGUCAAGUCACAGCCGUUUGAUUUCGUGCUUGUAUUUGAGCAAAUCGGGUCUCGUUUGCAUUUCUUUUCUUCUUAAUGCCGUUUGGAUCCUGUAUGUCGUUUUGGAAAUGCGAGAAUUCGGUUUAUAUUCGUUUGUUCGACCUGGAUUAAUAUCACUUUCUCUCGUAUCAUUUAUCAUUGUUAUGCAUUAUGAACGCAAACGAAAUACACCAAACUCUGGUGUAAGCUUUUACUAUUUAUUGUUGUUAAAUUUUGUUUGGAUAUGCUGUUGCUGGAAUCACACUGUUCACUACAUAAAGCAUUUACAGAAUUCUACGAUGUUGUUCACAACAAUCAAUAAUACCUCUGUUAUUCUUAACAAUAAUAAUACUACUACUACUAUUACACUUCCUUUUCAUUCAACUAUACGAAACAAAGAGAAUUUUCUUAACAUUUUAGAUUAUAUCAAUUUACUUAUCUCUUUCAUUAUUUUCAUAUUGAACUGUAAUUCAGAACGUCGUCAAUGUUUAAACACUAAUAGAAUUAUCAAUAUAACAAAAAAGAAUCCAAAUAUAAUUACUGAUAAUGUUAAUAAUAAUAAUAAUAAUAGUACCAUCAAUCCAAAUGAUGAUCAAGAUCUUUCAGAGCAUUUAACUAAUCAAAUGGAAGUGAAUUACAGUGAUGAAAAUGUAGAAAUACAAAAUUUACAAGUAAAUGCUAAUAAUAAUAACAAUGAUGCUAAUUAUGGUUUGGAUAUGAACAUCUCAGAAGGUGGUUCCAAUAUAAGUCUUGGUCAACGACAAUUAGUAUUUUUAGAUUAUGAUCGCAUUCUUGUCCUUGAAGAUGGUCAAAUGAAAGAACUAGAUAGUCCAAAAAUGUUAUUACAAAAUAAAAAUUCAGCAUUUUAUUCUUUAGCUAAAGAUGCACAUCUUGUCGAGUGA